UUAUCAUUUCCAUCUUUUAUACGCUGUUUCGGUAAAUAUUUUUCAUAAAUUUGAUAUUAGAUUUCAUUUUUGAUUUUUGAUUUUUUUUACAACGAAAUGCUAUUCUAUGAUCUCUUUGAUUUAGGUGUAUGUUUGUUGACAUCUCCAUAAAAAAAAAGAUGAGUGAUUAUGGUGAUGGAAACUUCAUGGACAUGGUGUCGUCGCGUUGGGCUCCACCUCCUAGUACUAGCCUAAGUGACAAUGGUCUAAAUCCAAUCAGCGACAUCUUCCUUCAAACUAAUCAGUCUAAACAAAGACCCGGUCUGGUCGACAGAGUAGCUGCAAGAAUAGGACGUAAUAUUCCACCGAUCAGGACAGACAACUUGAGUCCAUGUGCUGUAGUAUUCAAGGACCCAAAAACUGUUCCUUUUGGCAUCGAAAUCUCUCCAGGAUUGAGCCCAUCCGUAAUGUUGCAGUCUCGUUCACAGCUUAUCAAUCCGUAUUCAUUCCCCAAUGACGAGCCUCCAGAGACGGUGGAAAAUUCUGGUGACGACCAUGCAAAGACGAUGAUAUUCAACAAGGAUGUUCCUUAUCAGCCGAUGCACUUUGAUCUGCCUCCUCAAGAAGCUUUGAUCCCAUCUCAUGUUGAUCCCAUUGGUGCUCCUUUAGUCGCUUCUUUUGAAUCUGAAGUAGCUGAUGACACUGAUACCAAGCUCAUGUCCCUGGAUGAUGAGAGCGAGAGCCAGGACGAGGAAGAAUCCAACGAAGAUGAAGAUACAGAUGAUCCAUCCAAAUUGGGGAGAAAGAGACGGAUAGAUGAAGAGGAAGAUGAUGACAUUGCUGAUGAACACGAAGUCAAACCUUCAUCUCCAAAGAGAAGGAAAUAUGAUGAGGUAUCAAACAUGAUGACAGCCCUAAGAGCAAGCAACAACCCAAGGGUCAGACUUCGUAUGGAGACUGAAGAAGCCCAACCUAACGAUGGUCAUCGCUGGAGAAAAUACGGUCAGAAAAUUGUCAAAGGGAAUCCAAAUCCGAGGAGUUACUACAAAUGCUCACACAAAGGGUGCAUUAUGAAGAAGCAUGUGGAGAGAGCAGCAGACGAUUUGAGAAUGUUGUUAGUCACAUAUUAUGGGAAACACGGGCACGCUGCACCACUUGCACGCAGUAGCAGCAGUUCUGGUCCAAAGAAUCUUUACCGUUCAUCAGUGCCCGCUCGUUUAGGAAGGCCGCCUUUUUCUUCCUCCUCGGCCGCUCAAGACAUGAGGUCUUUCCCUUAUCCUUCUGCUUCGGCCCCUCGAGACAUGAAGCGUUUCGGUUAUCCUUCUGCUUUGGCCCCUCAAGCCAUGAGGCCCUUCCCUUCUUCGUUGAACCCAGGAGUUGAUAUGACUCAUCUCUAUAAGACUGGACUCUCGAAGCUGCCGAGUUUACCGGUUAACCAGAAUCAUGGGUUUAUGGACCAGAAUGCUGAACCAUGGGUUAACCAGAAUCAUGGGUUUAUGGGUCAGAAUGCUGAACCACAGGUUAAUCAGAAUCAUGGGUUUAUGGCCCAGAAUGCUGAACCAUGGGUUAACCAGAAUCAUGGGUUUAUGGGUCAGAAUGCUGAACCACGGGUUAACCAGAAUCAUGGGUUUAUGAGCCAGAAUGCUGAACCACGGGUUAACCAGAACCAUGGGUUUAUGGGCCAGAAUACUGAACCAUGGAGUAACCAGAACCAUGGGUUUAUGGGUCAGAAUGAUGAACCAUGGAUUAACCAGAAUCAUGGGUUUAUGGGACAGAAUGCUGAACCAUGGGUUAACCAGAACCAUGGGUUUAUGGGUCAGAAUGCUGAACCACGGGUUAACCAGAAUCAUGGGUUUAUGGGCCAGAAUGUUGAACCACAAGUUAACCAGAACCAUGGGUUUAUGGGCCAGAAUGUUGAACCACAAGUUAACCAGAACCAUGGGUUUAUGGGUCAAAAUGAUGAACCAUGGCUCAACCAGAACCAUGGAUUUAUGGGUCAGAAUGAUGAACCAUGGCUUAACCAGAACCAUGGGCUUAUGGAUCAGAAUGAUGAACCAUGGGUUAACCAGAACCAUGGGUUUAUGGGUCAGAAUGAUGAACCAUGGCUUAACCAGAACUAUGGGUUUAUGGGACAGAAUGAUGAACCGAAGACUGAUCAUGUGAUACCGGAUGGUACAGAGGUCUACAAGGGGCUCAGGGAGCGUAUAUUGGCUAACUUGGGAGUUAAACGUUAGAUUGUUAACCUUUAACAAACCAGAGAAAAAACUUUAUAUGUAGACCUUUCUUUUACUCCUUUUUCAGCAUUGACAAAACAAUAAUAUGAAAGAUAUGCAAAAACUUGUACUGAUCAGCUUAAUUAUUAUUUGUAAUGCAUAUUACUCUUUGAGUUUAUUUAUUUAAUUUAUAAUCCAGAUAAACCAUAUGAAUCAAACCGUGGAUCCUUACUUUCGGAUUAAACCCCUAGACAUUGUUUGCAAACUGAUUUUACUUGCACUCUCAUAGUUAAAUGUGACAUGUACAAUUACAUUUAAUGAUGAUUUAUAUUUUUGGUAAACUUUUAGAGCAUGGUAGUAAAUUAUAUAUCAUCAUUAAUGUAAAUUUAUUCAAAU